UCCCGGAAGUGGCUCGCGGAGGGCCUCGCCCGGCUGAGGCGGCGGGAGGAGGGAGCGGGUGAAGCGGCUUGCGGCCGCCUCCCGUCGCGAUGAGCGCGGCCGGGCUGGUGUCUGCCGCGCCGCCGGCCCCCGUGCCGCCCGGGACGCUCCCCGCUGCCCUGCCGCCCGGCCCCGAGUACUACGAGGAGGAGGAGCUGGAGAGCGCCGACGAGGAGGACGGCGAGCGCAGCGCCCGCGCCCGGGACUCCGACGAGGAUACUGAGGAUGCUAGUGAAACUGACCUGGCAAAACACGAUGAAGAGGAUUAUGUAGAAAUGAAAGAACAGAUGUAUCAGGACAAACUGGCAUCACUUAAGAGGCAGUUACAGCAGUUACAGGAAGGUACUUUACAAGAAUAUCAGAAAAGAAUGAAAAAACUGGACCAACAGUACAAGGAAAGGAUCAGGAAUGCAGAACUUUUCCUCCAGCUGGAAACAGAGCAGGUAGAGAGAAACUAUAUCAAGGAGAAGAAGGCUGCAGUGAAGGAGUUUGAAGAUAAGAAAAUUGAGCUGAAAGAAAAUCUGAUUGCUGAGUUAGAAGAGAAAAAGAAGAUGAUUGAGAAUGAAAAGCUAACCAUGGAGCUAACAGGAGAUUCUAUGGAAGUGAAGCCUAUCAUGACGAGAAAAUUGAGGCGGCGACCAAACGAUCCUGUUCCUAUCCCAGACAAGAGGAGGAAACCUGCCCCUGCCCAGUUAAAUUAUCUGUUAACAGAUGAACAAAUAAUGGAGGACCUCAGAACGCUGAAUAAGCUUAAAUCACCUAAGAGACCAGCAUCUCCUUCCUCUCCAGAGCACCUGCCAGCUACACCUGCAGAAUCUCCAGCACAGCGGUUUGAAGCCCGCAUAGAAGAUGGCAAACUCUACUAUGAUAAAAGAUGGUAUCACAAGAGUCAGGCUAUUUACCUAGAGUCAAAAGAGAACACUAAGAUCAGCUGUGUGAUCAGCUCUGUGGGAGCCAAUGAGAUCUGGGUGAGGAAAACCAGUGACAGCACAAAAAUGAGGAUUUAUCUGGGACAGCUUCAGCGAGGGGUUUUUGUGAUCCGUCGGCGUUCAGCUGCAUGACUGUGCUCUUUCUUGAUCCUUUUUUAAAAGAAAGAAACGAACCUCUUACAGGGAAUAUCUCAGUCUGUCCACUCAACCUUGGCAACAGAGUAUGCUGUUAUGGCCUUUUGUGAGACAGUUUGUGGCUGGCCACAUUGUUCCCAAUAGUCCUUAAAUCUCUAGUGACACCCAAGCACUGCCCUGGACUACUUCUGGACUUUGCCAUAAAACUUCUUGAAGGUUUUCUUUGUUUUUGGGAGACUCUUUAAGAAGACCCUGCAUUAUAUUUUCUCAUUUUCACAUCUCUGCACCAUGAAAUGAAUAUGUACAUUGAAAACACCAUAACUUAUAUUUGAAUCAAGACCAUUGUGGGGACAGGGGAAAUGGUGGGGGGGAGGGGGGGGAACAGCUGCUUUUUGUCAAGCUGGCUCUUUAUUUUCCUAAAACUCAGGAUGCUGAGCAAAUGAGUGAUCCUGCAAACUUUCAGCUGCACUUCUGUAACAACAUCUGGUAUAUGACAUUAAUUCUGUGGGCUGAACCAGUGAAAGAUUUGUCCAUGCAAUGAGGCACAAUGAGGAUUUUUUUAAGGAAAGUGUGAAAAGCAUUCUAGAAACUUUUAACGUGCUGCAAUUCUAGUGGACUUCUUAAUAUGCUUAAACAAUCUCAUAUAGUCCAAAGCUUCCUUUCUCUUCCCAUUAAAAACCUUUCAUGGAACAAGCAAA